AUGUCCAGCGCGUGUCUCGCGCCCGUCGCGCGUCCCCCCGUCGCGCGCGCGUUCGCGCACGGGCGCCGUCGAGGCGCCGGAUCAGCCGCCGGGAGGGGCGCGCGACGCUUCGAGGGUCGAAGAUCUCGGCUUCUCGGGAACGACGAUGACGUCGUCGUCGUCGCCCGGGCGUCGUCCACCUCGGCGUCGGCGUCGCCGUUCGAGCGCCUGGAAUCCCUCCUCUCCUCCGCGGCGGAGGCGACCGCGCCGUCCGACGCGCGCGGCUGGCGCGAGCUCGAGGGGACGUGGAUCCUCGCCCCGCCCGACGGCGCCGCGCCCGAGGCGGUGGUGCACUUCUGCGGGGGCGCCUUUGUCGGCGCCUCGCCGCAGAUCACCUACGGGCUCUUCCUCGAGCGGCUCUGCGCCAGGGCGCGCGUCACCAUCGUCGCGACCCCCUUCGCCAUCGGGUUCGAGCACCUGCGCAUCGCGGACGACGCGCAGCUCGCGUUCGAACGCGCGCUCGCCGCGCUCGCCGCCGAGGAUCCCGCUUCGUACGCCGACGCGCCCACGUUCGGCGUCGGCCACUCCAUGGGAUCGCUGCUGCACGCAAUCAUCGGCGCGAGGUAUCGCCUGGACGGACCCGGACGGCGCGCGGGUAACGCACUCAUGAGCUUCAACAACAAGCCCGCCACGGACGCCGUCCCGCUCUUCGCGGAGGUUCUCGCCCCGGGGUUGCGACUACUGUCCCCCGCCAUCACAGCUGUGACGACCAACCCGGCGUCUCUGGCGUCGAGAUCGGCGGCGGAGUUUGUCUUUCGAUCGCCGUCGUCGCCCUUCUACGCGUCCGCCGGCGUCGUCCGCGAGCUGCUGCCGGUGUUGGACCAGAUCGAGCCGGUGUUCAUGGAGGUUGCGAACGGGGCGAGCGAGUUCGUGCCCACGCCGGGGGCGACGCGAGAGUUGAUGGCGCAUCACUACCGAGUCCCGCGAACGCUGCUCGUGCGGUUCGAGGACGAUUCCAUCGACGAGACGGGGGACGCGGAGGCGGCGAUGCGUGUCGCGCAGGAACGGAUUCGUGCGACGGAUGGUGACGACGCGGAUGGAGACGAAAACCCCCCCCGCUCGGAUUCGAACGUGCGGGUGGUGAACCUGCCGGGCGACCACGUCAGGCCCCUGCGUCCGGAGCCCCCCGCCGUCGCCGCCGACGUCGCCGCGUCGUUCGUCGACGCCGGCGACGCCGUCUCGUCCAUCGCUGACGCGUUCGGGAUAAUGGAGGACGCGUCCGAUGCCGUCGCUAACCCGCUCGGGUUCCUCCGCGCGGGGUUCGAGCAGGCCAAGGCUGAGGUCGGGCGGCGGGUUGGCGCAAACGGGAACGGGGACCAAAAAGGCGAAGUUGGCGAGGGUCGAACGGACGCGUGGGUCGAGGCGGACGCGUUGGCUGGAGAAAUCGCGGCGUGGAUGUGCCUUGGCGGGUGCGACGGGGCGGAGACGGAGAGCGCGGUGGCGGGUGGUGGGGUCGCGGAUACCCCGGAGGCGCGGGCGGCUGAGGCUCAGGCGUGGAUCGACGCGUGGCGAGCCGCGCCCACCCGUCACCGAAAAGAUUAUCAUCACCGAUCCGUCGACGACGACACCGCCGCGGCGCAGCCAGGCACUUUCUCGCGCACCGUACCGACGACGACGAUGAUCUACGACGUCAACUCCACCCUCUUCCGUUCCUUCCUCCGCGUCUCCGCCGCGCACGGCACCGGCAAGGAGGGCAAGGCCCGCGCCGGCCCCGGCGAGAAGAAGUCCGACAACAAGCCCGUCAUGAACGACAUGUAA